AAUUAUUUGCGAUUUUUUAAGUUCUUAUCAAUGCCAAAAGCAAAGGAAAGACUGCGCAGCUUGUUUCGCCGAAACAAAAAGCGUAACCGACAAACCACCUAUCCCAAGGACGAAGAGAACAAAGAAGAGGAAGAACCAGCUAAGCAGGAAGAAGCUGAGGAAUCCAAUAAGAAGUUUGAAAUGGAGAUAAUACCCAAUCCACCGGAAGAGGGCGAAAUGCCCUCCUACUUCCACGUGGGCGUCUUGGCCAAGGAGCUCCUCGUCAACGGAUUUAAGAUCGGCGCCUGGAAGAUGGAGUGCAUUACGAGGACGGACAAGGACUUCUAUCUGAGCACCUUCGGCGAGGGAUAUCCGACCAUGGAUUCCGUCUUUGGGGGACUGGAGGUGUUCAAGGAGAUCGACAACUACAAUAUGUCCCUUGGCUGGUUUACCAACCAUGAAGUUUUGUCGGAGAUUGGAGUGCAUGGCAUGAAUAUGGGUAGUCAGUGGUAUGCGCUCCUGAAGUCGACAAUUGGCACAAAAGACGAAAUAACUUUUAAAACAAAACUGAAGUGCGGCUUCGAGCGUAAUCCUGUUAAAGUGGAACUGGUGUUGCCCCUUUAUAAGGAACCACUUUUCUUGGGCUAUGUCAUCGUUGCGCCGGUCGAGAAUUGGCUUCUAGGAUACCGUGCAGCUUACAAUUUAGAUAACAAGGGUUUCGAUAGGCACGUCUUAUGCUUGGGCUAUAACAACGGGAGGACCGAAGUGGGUCUGAAACUCGAGAAUUUUGAGGACCUGCGAGGAUCGAUUUUUCAACGGAUUGGAGAAGGCUGGGCCUUUGCUAUAAAGUCGAACCUUUACAGUUCGGAAAAUAUCAAACAGUUUGCGAUUGGCGUUCAGUACGACUUCCAGAACGGAACGCUGGUAAAGGCGAAAGUGCGGGAAGACUCAAGAACAGGGUUUGUGUACCAAACGAAAAUCGGAGAAAAUAUUGACGUCAUGUAUCACGUGGCUUUCGAUGGCGUAGACCCUAUUGGUGGGGCUCAUAGAAUAGGCGUUUCCUGGGAGUUUCACUGCUAAACAAAAAACAAAACUGUAAAA